UGGGAGGAGUUUCUUGCCUCGAGGGGGAAGGUAAACACCUUCAGCAUCUUUUUCAAGCCGAGCUUCCACAUGUGGAGCCGCAGCUUUUUGAGGCGCGGCGUGAAGAGGACGCGGUGGGUGUGUGUGGUGGUGGGGGGAGCGGUCAGUCCGAGUUUUUUUUAUUCCCAAGAAGAUGGAGGCUUCGUGGCCCGGACGUAGAAAAGCAACAUGAACCUCUCCAAACUCCUCUGAGCUCCUGAGUGCUGCAACCAAACAGAAACAGCUGAACUCAAGUCUCUUGACCAGACUUGGACUAACAACAUGUCAACCCGCGGGAAAGAGGCGACAAAAGGCCAAGACAGCCGAGUGCUGCCAAAGGCUCCGGUCCCCCCGCUGAAACAAACUCUGGACACGUACCUGAAGUGCGUGCAGCACCUGGUGACGGAGGAGCAGUUCAGGAAGACUAGGACCAUGGUGGAGAAGUUUGGGGCUCCUGGAGGCGUCGGUGAGGUUCUUCAGAAGAAACUUUUAGAGCGGCAGGACAAGACAACCAAUUGGGUGUGUGACUACUGGUUGGAGGACAUGUACCUGAACAACAGGCUGGCUCUUCCGGUCAACUCCAGUCCUGCCAUGGUGUUUCCAAAGCAGGAGUUCAGAGAUCAGAAAGAUGCCCUCAGGUUUGCUGCUCACCUCAUCCGAGGUGUGUUGGAAUAUAAGGCCCUUGUUGAUUCGAGAGCGCUGCCGCUGGAUUUUGCUCGAGGCCAGCUAGCUGGGACUCCUCUGUGCAUGGAGCAGUACUACCGCCUCUUCGACUCCUACCGUUACCCGGGCUUAAAGACGGACUCGCUGAAGGUCCACAUGAGUGUAGACUCCGCCGUGCCGGAGCACAUGAUCGUGGCGUGCAAGAACCAGUUUUUUGUGUUGGAUGUGGUCGCAAACAACAAGCAGCUCAGUGAGGCCGAGAUCUUAUCCCAGCUGGAGAAGAUCGUGAAAAUGUCUGAAAAUGCAGAAGAACAGCACCCUCCUGUUGGUCUCCUGACAUCAGACGGCAGGACGGAGUGGGCACAAGCAAGAGAGGAACUGACWAAAGAUAAAACCAACAGGGACUCUCUGGCUCUGGUUGAGAGCUGUGUUGCUGUGGUGUGUUUGGAUGAACCCUGCAGGCUUCAGCCCAGCGACACCAGCAGGGCUCUUAUGAUGCUGCAUGGUGGCGGUCAGGAAAGAAACGGUGCAAAUCGCUGGUAUGACAAGUCAAUGCAGUUUGUCGUAGGAAUGGACGGCGUAUGUGGGGUGGWGUGUGAGCAUUCUCCAUUUGAAGGGAUAGUUAUGGUGCAGUGCUCUGAAUACCUGAUGAAACACAUAAAAGGGAGUCCUUCCAAGCUGGCUAAGACUCCCAGUGAGAGACAGCUUCCACCUCCAAGAAGGCUGCUCUGGAAAUGCAACUCCCAAAUUCAAGGCCUCCUGAAAUCAUCAGGAGAUCGACUCCAGAGGCUGGUGAAUAAUCUCGACAUGGAGGCUUUCACGUUCAAAACAUACGGAAAAGAGUUCAUCAAAAAGCAGAAGAUGAGUCCCGACGCAUUUAUUCAAGUUGCCUUACAACUUGCAUUUUACAAGUGCAGGAGGAGGCUCGUGCACACAUAYGAGAGCGCRUCGCUUCGUCGUUUCCAAGAAGGCCGGGUGGACAACAUUCGCUCAGCCACUGCCGAGGCCCUGGCUUUUGUGAAGUCCAUGGCUGACGAGAGAGCAGUUUUCACCGAUUCAGAAAAACUGAAACGGCUACGGGAUGCAAUUAAGGCCCAGACAGAUUACACGAUUGCUGCGAUAACAGGAAUGGCAAUAGACAAUCACCUCCUUGGACUUCUAAAGACUGCAAAGGAGCUGAACAUGGAGAAGCCAGAGAUGUUCUGUGACGAGACGUAUCUGACCAGUAACCAUUUCAUCCUCUCAACCAGUCAGGUUCCUACAACACUGGAAAUGUUCUGCUGCUACGGCCCCGUGGUGCCCAACGGCUACGGCGCCUGCUACAACCCACGGUCAGACCACAUCAUCUUCUGCGUGACAAGCUUCUGGGAGAACACGGAGACGAGCUCGGCUGUGUUUGUCAAAGCCCUCAACGAGGGCCUGUUGGAAAUCAAAGAACUGUGCGACAGAAGYGAGGCUGUGGCUACCAAAGCGGUUACUGGCAGCCAGGCGGCCGGCCAGCAUCAUAAAUCAGGAAAGUAAGCCGUAUUUAUCGAGCACGCUUACUCGCCUGCUUCACUCAGUAGCUUAGAUUGCCUUUUGUGUGUGGUUUGUGCGAUAGUUAUGAGACGCCUUAAAGUGACCAUGUAACUACAUAUACUACUUAAAUGUUUAAAAARACAAGAAAGGAGAACUCUUGGGGCUGUGAGGGGAAAAGAAUGGAUUUGGGUCUAACACUGACUCUGGUGGGCUGAAGUUAACCGGUCUACUGCUCUUAAGGAACAAUAAGCCAUGUCCCUCCCAUAGCACUGAUCUGAGGAUAAACUCCUCUGUCAGAGAGUGUUUCUAGAGAUCUAAUGUGUAUUUUUCACCCUUUGUGUAAACGUACCACACGUCAUUGAGUAAAAGUCGUGCCACCCUGGAAAUGUGACCCAGCCAACUUCUCUCUGUGUGCCAUUUUAUUAUCAGUGUGAGAUCUAUUUAAAUGUGCAAAAUUCUAUUUAUUCUUUUAUGUAUUUUUUUAAUUUAUCGAUACAUGAAGUUGCCAAAGAAUUUGAACAUGUGAAGUCUGUCUAUCGAUGCACUUUAAAACAUCUUCUGUAURUAAACCUAUCAAACUGUCUAAAUGAACAACGUAUCAUAAUGUGCGUAAAGAGAAAAGAAURUGUUGGGUGCUACUGUUCCUGUGUAACAUUUGAAGUCUUUAAACUGGGUUUAUUGUACGUCAAAGCAAUAGUUACAAUGUUGGAUGUAAAGUGUUGCAAACUAUGUUACUUUAUGAGCCACUGUAGUUUAUAAUUUACAUUUAAAAGAAAAGGACCAGAUGUGUUUUGUUAUCUGUGCAAUAAAAAACACCAAGUGCAGUGAGGGUUUAUGUGCAGUUUGUUAGAUCAGCUCAUUAAAUGCAUGGAGCUUAUAUUUUAUUAUUUAAUUAGAGGUGCUAUUUUUGAUAGCAAGAUAUAUAGAAUACUAUAAAAAAUGAUCAAAUGUUAUAAAAAUGGUUAUUUAGCAACUGUUGAAACAAAUUCUACAAAUAUCUGUUGAGUUUUGUUUGCCGUGGCUUGUGUUGUCAUUACCUGUCAGUAACAGUGUGAGAAUACCUGUCUUGAUGAGUCACGUCGUAUGUAUCAGUCAAUCUAAGUGAAUGUCAGUCCUGCAGAUUUCAAAAUCUAUACUAAAUAAAAGUUGUACCUAAAACCA